ACUAAAUCAUACCACUGCAGAAAUAAGUACUGUAUAUAUAAGUAGGAUUACAGAAUACAAGACUAAUACGAGAGGAUAACUCACAGUCUGCAGACAUACUACAGGAGAGGAUCAGAGACUGCAGACAUACUACAGGAGAAGGUCAGAGACUGCAGACUUACUACAGGAGAUGGUCAGGGACUGCAGACAUAGUACAGGAGAGGAUCAGAGACAGAAUAAAUACUACAGGAGGUGGUCAGAGACUGCUGAAAUACUACAGGAGAUGGUUACAGACUGCAGACAUACUACAGGAGAUGGUCAGAGACUGCAAACACACUACAGGAGAUUAUCAGAG